CUGGGAAACACGCAGCUGAAUCUGAAUCUUGGAACCUACUUACCUGUUGCAUUUACUAGUUUAGAUACAAAUCCCAUAUCAUGUCAUUCCUGCGAAAAUCAGUGCAUCUUUUGGGUGCAGUGGCGAGGCGACAACAGCCCCAGCAAGUGAUUAGAGGUGCGAUCUCCACAGCUGCGCGGGACUUCAGCUCGGAGCUUCCCAGUGAUUACGCCAAUUUCCCAGGUGCCAAAGCCCCCUUCGUCAGCAAGCUGAAGUUGAUUCACCCGGAGGACUAUGCCCCGAUUCCCAUUUACCGAGUGAUGGAUCGGGAUGGCUACAUAGCGGAUGAGUCCCAGGAUCCCCAGCUGAGCCGCGAGGUGGUGGAGAAAAUGUUCCGCGACAUGGUGCUGCUUAAUACGAUGGACAAGAUCCUGUACGAGUCCCAGCGGCAGGGCAGGAUCUCCUUCUACAUGACCAACUUUGGCGAGGAGGCGUCCCACAUAGGCAGUGCCGCCGCCCUGGAGAUGCGCGAUCUCAUCUAUGGGCAGUACCGCGAGGCGGGCGUUCUGGUGUGGCGUGGCUUCCGCAUCGACCAGUUCAUCGAUCAGUGCUACGGCAAUGUGGACGAUCUGGGUCGCGGCAAGCAGAUGCCCGUGCACUACGGCUCCAGGGAGCUGAACUUUGUCACCAUCUCCAGUCCUUUGUCCACCCAAAUGCCCCAGGCCGUGGGAGCAGCGUAUGCCAUGAAACUGAGGCCGGAGAACGAUGCCUGUGUGGUGUGCUACUUUGGCGAAGGAGCUGCCUCCGAGGGAGAUGCCCAUGCCGCCUUCAACUUUGCUGCCACUCUGGGUUGCCCAGUCAUCCUCUUCUGUCGCAACAAUGGAUUCGCCAUUUCCACCCCAUCCCACGAGCAGUACAGGGGCGAUGGCAUCGCCGGACGUGGUCCGAUGGGCUAUGGCAUCGCCACGAUUCGGGUGGACGGCACCGACGUGUUCGCCGUCUACAAUGCCAUGAAAAUGGCCAGGGAGUACACGCUCAGGGAGAACAAGCCGGUGGUGUUCGAGGCCCUGGCUUAUCGCGUGGGUCACCACUCCACCUCGGACGACAGUACCGCCUACAGGCCGGCCGAGGAGAUCGAGGUGUGGAACUCGGUGGAGCACCCGAUAUCCAAGCUGAAGCGCUACAUGGUGCACAAGGGCUGGUUCGACGAGGACGCCGAGAACGAAUUCGUCAAGGAUGUCAGGAAGAAGGUCCUGAAGCAGAUCGCCGUGUCCGAGAAGAAACUGAAGCCCAACUGGCGCGAGAUGUUCGAGGAUGUGUACGCUGAGAUGCCCGACCAUCUGGUGGCGCAGCAGAAGGAGCUGGAGAAACACAUCGAGGCCCACAAGGAGCACUAUCCCCUGAAGAACUUCAAGCAGUAGAAUCCUCGUGCCGGAAAGAAGCUAACAACUCAGAAAUCAAAGCGAACCGAGAGACUCGACCGAAAGUGCAUUUAUUAUGAUUAAGCAAUAGGCAAACAGUUUUGUGUGGGUCCAACCCGUUUUGUUAUGACUCAUCCGUGCACGCUGGGUGGGUCGAUUAUGUGGAACUAGACUCCUCGGUCUUCAUAGGCACACUCAAAUUGACCCACUCUGGUGCAGGGGUUUUGAAAAGGUGUUAAAAUUUAUUAGAUUUGAUUUACAUACAAUAUACAUAUACUGAAACAAUA